AUGUGGAUAACCACUUGGCUAGGAUCCAUUCCCGGCUUCGUAUCACGUAUUUAUACGCUUUUCCGCCCUCCCAGACCGGCCAAGUCAUCGAACGCGAUCCGGCUGGGCCUGUUCGGCGCCUCCAAAAUCGGACCCCUCGCCGUUAUUAACCCUGCACUCUCACAUCCGGACGUCAUUGUCGUCGCCGUGGCCGCGAGGGACAGGACGAAGGCCGAAGCGUACGCAAAGAAGUGGGAUAUACCCAUAGUGCACGAUUCCUAUGAUGACUUGCUGGCCGACCCAUCGAUCGACGCAGUCUACAUCCCACUCCCCAAUAGUCUGCACGCCGAAUGGGCCCUCAAGAGCCUCAAGGCCGGCAAGCAUGUGCUCCUGGAGAAGCCCUCGGCUUCCAACAACGAGGAAGCUCGCAUGCUAUUCGAAUCACCAAUAUUAUUUGCCAAGAAUGAGAAUGCCAUGCCUCCCGUAUUGCUGGAAGCGUUUCACUACCGCUUCCACCCCGCAUUCGACGCCUUCAAGUCCCUCAUUGGCGACAAACCGGAGCAGCAAAUCGAGCAUGUUUGGGCUAAGUGCGUCAUGCCCUGGGCACUUCUCAUCCCAUUCGAUGACAUUCGAUUCAAGUACCAGCUAGCCGGCGGCGCAACCAUGGAUAUUGGCACUUAUGCCGUUUCCUGGCUACGCAACACCUUCGGCGCCGAGCCCGAGGAAUGCAUCUCAGCCAAGCACGCCUUGCUUCCGGAACCGUAUAUUAAAGAUGAGCCUUCUACGGAAAUCGGAAUGAAAGCCGCAUGGCGGUUCCCCGGUGGCGCAAUCGGAGAAAUCAAUUGUAGCCUUAGCAGCUGGGGGGAGUCGACUUGGCUGCCGGGCUUCAUAGCCAAGCGUCUACCUACUUUUUCCACUCCACAUGUUAUAGCCCAACUAAAAGAGGUGACUGUCCCUGAAGAUCCCGAAGUAAAACUCGUGCCCGGCAAAGAACACCGAGUCAAGCGCACUGUGUCUUUCUGGAUGCCGCUAUUUCCCACGAUUUGGCAUCGUAUCAAUAUUGAUGAGGUUCACACAAUCCGUGACAGUAAGUCACUUUCUGAACUCAGAAGGUGGCGUACAAGCCGUAGUGUGAAGGAGUAUAAAAUCAGCGGUAGAGCGGGAGAAGCUUGGUGGUCGACGUACAGAUACCAGCUUGAGGAGUUUGUUAAUGCCGUCAAGGGACGUCCAGGCUCGGGCGUUUGGGUCAGUCACGAGAAUUCGAUCAAGCAGAUGCGGAUGAUUGAUUGUGCGUACAAGAAGGCUGGACUACCACUGAGGCCGACCACGGAAUAUAAGUCGUAA